UCAGUCGUGCACCGGAGCCCACCAGGGACGCGUCCAGCUCCUCGAACGCUUCGAGUUGCUCGUUCGCUCGGAUCUCUCUCUUUUCUCUCGACCGACCUUUUCAUAAACGGUCCGCCAGAGCUGUCGCACAGGUGUUUAGCGGUGAACAAAAGCUCACGGUUAUCGUCCGGAAAGAGAGAGAGCUAAACGUGAGCUUAGUGUUUUAUUUCUCCCCUCUCCUGUCGAUUAUUCUUCAACCGUACCUUAGAUUUUUUAUACACCGCAGCCCCUCGAUCGGUUCGUCAACCGACGAUCAACCAGUAAUCCGAUCUACGCGAUACCGUUUUCGAAUUUUCGCACGCCACGGGUACGCGUUCAGUUUCGUGUCAAACGCAACUCGCCGGUCGUAUCGAUUCGAGAGGCGAUACGGGCGUACGUGCGUACAUAGAUACACACGCGUAGAGUGAAACAAGUGAAAUAUACGUGGAAGAGGUGCGUAGAGAAAAAGGUUUCGGGAGUAUCUACAGGCGUCUAUGUCCGCGCCCGGAGAGACGGAGAGCUACCCUGGCACCUAGCGGACGACGCGGGGUGGCUUCACCAAUAUAACCGUCGGAAGAACUUACCCCCGGUCUCCUCUAUGCGAUUUGGCGUGGAAUACAGUAGUUGGGAAGAAACAAUUGAAUGUGAUCCGAGUAUAGUUGUAGAGACAAGAAAGAAGCGCUCAAGGGAAUUUAGUUGUUGGUGGUGGCAUUUGUGAGGGCAACCUGUGGCAAGAUGGGCUGUGCCAUGUCGGCGGAAGAGCGGGCCGCCUUGGCCCGUAGCAAGCAAAUUGAAAAGAAUCUAAAGGAGGAUGGCAUUCAAGCUGCCAAGGACAUCAAGCUACUGCUGCUUGGCGCUGGCGAGUCUGGAAAAAGUACUAUCGUAAAACAAAUGAAAAUUAUCCAUGAAAGUGGAUUUACACCCGAAGACUUCAAGCAGUACAGGCCGGUUGUGUACAGCAACACGAUACAAUCUCUAGUUGCUAUUCUCAAAUCGAUGCCGACAUUAGGCAUCAGCUUUACGACUAAUGAACGAGAGACGGACGCGAAAAUGGUAUUUGACGUAAUCCAAAGAAUGGAGGACACAGAGCCCUUCAGCGAGGAGCUCCUAGCUGCGAUGAAGAGGCUUUGGGCAGACAACGGGGUCCAGGAAUGCUUCGGCAGGAGCAACGAGUAUCAACUCAACGAUUCGGCGAAAUAUUUCCUGGACGACCUAAACCGAUUAGGAGCAAGGGAUUAUCAGCCUACAGAGCAAGAUAUUUUAAGGACUCGUGUUAAAACCACGGGUAUAGUUGAAGUCCACUUUAGCUUCAAGAAUCUUAAUUUCAAAUUGUUCGAUGUGGGUGGCCAAAGAAGCGAACGUAAGAAGUGGAUACACUGCUUCGAAGACGUUACCGCGAUCAUAUUUUGCGUUGCGAUGUCCGAAUAUGAUCAAGUCCUGCAUGAAGAUGAAACGACGAAUCGAAUGCAGGAGAGUUUGAAGCUGUUCGACUCAAUUUGCAAUAACAAAUGGUUCACUGACACCUCGAUUAUUCUCUUCUUGAACAAGAAGGAUCUCUUCGAGGAGAAAAUUCGCAAGUCACCGCUCACGAUUUGCUUCCCUGAGUAUGCCGGGGCGCAAGAGUUCGCAGGGGCCGCGGGGUACAUCCAGACGCAAUUCGAGGCGAAGAACAAGUCAACCACUAAAGAGAUCUACUGCCACAUGACUUGCGCCACUGAUACAAACAACAUUCAGUUCGUGUUCGACGCAGUCACAGAUGUCAUUAUCGCCACUAAUCUCCGUGGUUGCGGUCUCUAUUAGGAUAAAUAUUCUCGUCGCGGAACCGAUCGACCGACACACACUCACAAUCACACAUAAACACGACAGACAUGUUGCGAGAACGAGGGACAUCGUGAGAAUGAGGGAACACGUGAGAAUGAGAGAGUGAGAGACUGACAGCUGGAAUGAAAGAGGGUGAUAGAAGGUGAGAGAAAGAGAGGGACACUUAAGUACCACCGCUACUACUACCGACCACCUGCGGAUACCUUCUCAACUUUGUUUUCUUUAACAAGAACCCUUUCGUCCUAUCCCUUUGGACGUUGUCUUUUCUUGCGGUAAACGAACAGCUAGAAUUUAGAGGAGAGAGACCCCACUAACUAACCGACUCUGCAAAUGGGGAUUCAGCAUUUAAAGCCAAUGCAAUGAUUACGUUCUCGAGCUAAAAAGAACUGAAUCUCUGUGCUUAAGUAUCUUUAAGUUAUGUAAGUUACUAUUACGCCAUAUUUGGAGUUUCAUUGAAUUUCGAUCAGUCCGCUUUUCCACCAAGUUAACUUCCUAGUAAGAACAAACUUCGAUAAUCGUAUUAAUUCUGGAAGUUACGAACAAUACAUUAACUUUCUACUAAUCCAUCCGAAUACCGGCCUGUUGAUCAGUUACCUCAGUUUCUAGGAACUAGAACUUACAUAAAUUAGAGAUACUUGAACGUUCGUUGCAAACAGUUCAAUCUAAUCGGUUUUAAUAGCUCAUCGAGACGAAUUAAUUGCUUGUUCAAAGCAAUGUAACUUGUCCGAUCAACGAAGAGUGAAAAGAUUACACGCAAGUCGAAGACAACAGUUCGAUCCUCGAAGAUUUGGCGUUUAAAUGAAAAAUUGUAACGAGACUCACUGAUGAUCGAUUCAGAUUUUUAGCACAAAGACCAAUCAUAAAGCACACUUGGAUCUCAACAUUUUCUAAUCUAAUUUUAUUGCGAGUUAGCAAGCGAGUCGUCAACGUGUAAAAUACGUAGUUCCUAAUUUUCUUUGCUUUAAUUUUCAUUUAAAUAUCAAUUCUCCUCAUUUUCAUUAAGCGAUUCCUUUCAGUGAUUUUAUCUUUGCAACAAAACCGAUCUAAAAGCAAUGAAAUAUACGUGUUAUAAAUAUAAAAUUUUAAUAAUAGAAUUAUUGUUGAUCGCAUAUUUUGCCAGAAAGCAAAUAUGGUUUUGUCAUGAAAUUAUUAUUAUUUAUUCUACGACGAUUAUGAGUAUCGAAUUUUAUCAAUUUUCUACCUGGAAGUGUCUCUGAACGUUUUUUGUCGUACAAAAUACGAUUAUUUCCCCCCUCGUACAUUGUACAACUAUUAUUCAACGUCUUAGCUUUACUUAAACGAGUACGUUUAUUGUUUAUUGUCGGUCGCAUAAGUCGCGCACAAGUAAUCGACGAGAAAAUACGUGCUUUGCAAUUUUUUAAAUGUCGUUUAAACACGUCGGUUGUUUUUUUAAACAAUGACGCGGUAAUGUUAAGUUCUCGAUCAGUUGCUUUGAAUCGGAAGACUGAAUCAGAAAAAUAAAAGAUCGCACGAUCAAUGUCGGAACACUAAGGACCACCCAGAAUGCUCAAUGCUUUGCCAAUGUAAACGUUUUAAAAUUGUGUCGAUCGAAAGAUUAAAAGGCUGAGUACAUGAAACAAUUUAAAUGAAUUGUAACACUCGAACGCACAAAAAUUCAAAACUCAUGAUAUAUAAAAGGAAGUUUAAAAUUAAGCCGAUUGCAAAAUUCACAAUUAAAAUUGCACAAUUUUAGUUUAUCGAUGUUUUCGAUUAAUCUUCGGGAUUCUGAAAAUUUUAAUAAUUUAACUCGAAGAAUAUUAAAGCUGAAAAAAUCGAUGAUAGAUAUUGUUUCAUGUCGAUCGAAAGAUUUACGUGUACUUGUACAUUUUGAUACUUUUUAAACUGACUUAAAAGUCUAUUUGUUUCAUCGAUACGCACAUUUACACAAAUUUACAAACAUUUCCGCACAGUUGCACACGCACACGCAUAUACAUAUUUUUGGAUCGAAACAGAAAUAAUCUUCGCGUCGUUAAAAGGACGAAAAAAACUGAUUCCACCGAGUAAACUAGAAAACAGUUGUGAAACUUCCAUUGUUGGAACAAGUUUCUCUUACAGAUUGUUAAAUUUAUGUUCUUAACAAUAUUUUGGAAGUUUGCGAACAUAAUUUUGUUUACUAUACGUUAAAAAAUAGUGAUUUACAACUACGAAUGAAACAUUCCACGUACAAAUGCAGUUCUCUUCCAUUCUUUUUUAAAUGAAAUAUUUAAUUAAUGAAAAUUGCAGCUGCAAAUUUAUCUCAAGAAUUUUCUAACAAAUUAUUUGAUCUAGCGAUUUGUUUAUUAACUUUGACAUCGUAGCGGAGAUUAAGAAAUAUAUUUUAUGACGCUUUUUGUUGGGAUUUUAACUACAGAAACUGUAGUAUUUUUUUUUAAAUUUGAAUGCUCCUGUCUAAAAGUGUUUCAAUGCAUUUAUAUAUAAAUUAAUAAUACUUGCAUAAAUUUUCAAACGAUCAGUUUAGAAGAAAUGUUGCAGUUGCAACUCCACGUUAUUAUAUUAUAAUUUAACUAAUAACCGAGGAGAGUGUUUAACCAAAAACAACCAAAGAACCGAGUAGAACAAUAAUUAUGACGUAACAAAUUAAGUAAUCUCGAAAUUGAUAAUAGUCUGAAUCACGUGUAAAGAAAAGGGCAAGAGUGUAGCUAUUACUUUUCUUUCGACCACGAGUACCAAAAAAGAAAACAUUUUUUUCAUUCAGGCUUCGACGUUUUGUUUCUGUUUUUACGCUGAUUUUAAGAAUUAUUUUUAUAUCGUUAGUUGGAUCUAGGGAUACAAAAAUAGUAUUAGUGUCACCGCUGUUGCCAUAUUACUAUAAAAUUCAUACACGCAUAAACACACCCUAAUUUUAGGAGUUAUGGAUUAAUUAAUGAAUUAAUUAAGUAUUUCUAUAUGUAGUAGCUAUAAUUAUGUAUAAAUAAGUACAUACAUAGAAUUUCUAGUCAAGUUAGGAAAAAGUACUAACUCGUGCAAACACGAUCGAGGUAAAGAUUAGUUUAACAUUGAACAAGAAAGAAAUCUUAUUUGAAUAUUAAUUGAAUUCGAUCUGGUCGUUAAUUGAAAUAUACCAAAUAAAUUGCACUUAUGUAGUCGAUGGUAAAUAAAAGAAAAGAAAAUGUUUUUCUAAGUUAAAAAAUAUAUUUUAAUGGAAAAUGAUUGUUUCGUUUAACGCGUUUAAUCUAAACAGAAAAUUCUAGGAUAUGGUAUAUUUACUUAUUAAUCGAAGAUGUUUAAUUAAUUUUGUUGGAAAUUCAAAUCCGAACAAAACCAUUGAAACAUUGUGACAGCGUAGAAUAAAGAAAAUUUUUUUAAUUAUUUGCGAAAUUAGGAAAGAACUGUUAAAAUAUUUAAAACGAACCUAUAGUCCGGCUGACGAAUAAACC